AUGGUCGAGGUAGGAAUUCUGGAUAACGAUGUUAUCAGAGCGGUCAGCAUCGUUGAUCUCGUCGUGGCAUCUUCUGAGUUAAUGGUCCGGACUUACAUUGGGCGAGUUCUUCAUAUUAAGACCUGUGAUGCUUCCACCGUGCAACCCAUCCGUCACCAGCAGCAGGGGACGCUCAAGUGUCUUAUUGGUGGCAAACCGAUCGUACCAUGCCUGGCCAUUGCCAUCGAGCGUCCCGACGCCGGAGCCGUAAAUGUUGAUGUCCUCGCCCCCAAUGACCCACCAGGUGGAAGAUCCCUGGAACUGGAACUUGAACGUCCGCGGAAGCCAGUAAUCGAUAUCGUCACAGAACUUGAUGGUCCCCGUUAUGGCGAUAUCCACGUGCUUCAAGAAACGGAGGUCCAGCGGUGA